CCCUCUUUGACGCACAAGUCGGUCGAAUAUCACACCAGCCAGCUGCUUCGAUGUCCUUCCCUAACAACAUGGCAGGUUUCCUCAGCUCCCUUGUCCUGCUAAGAAUACAAUGUACGGACGAAGUACGAAAGCUCCGAAGGUACAAGGGAUGGCACCACGGCGCAAUCAUUCAAUCCCCGUCCCACCCUGUCAACGACUUUAGUCAUCUCACUCUGAUACGCACUGGUAGUGAGGGAAAUAAUCCAGGCCUCUCUCACUGCCAGUCUUCUCCACAGCGGCCCAUGCCCCAGCCACAGAGGAACGACUUAAUCAAGGGUGGCUCUUACCUCGUGCGCAGAUCCAUGAGCCAUCCUGCCUACCCUGCUCGAUUCGUCUUUUAA